AUGUAUGCGACGGCGUACACGCGCGCCUGCUGCCGCAACACCCACAGUGCCCCCCCGACCCCCCCAUACCCCGGUCGCCCCCAGCGGAGGAGGGAGAUCUUUAUCUGGCCCCUGCCUUCUACUACCUGGGCCGAGGGAGCCGGAGCCCGGCCCUGGGGAGAUGGCUGCGGUCCCAGCAGCGGAGAGAAGCAGAGAGAGCGCGUCGCAGCUCCAUGUCCCAGCCAGGGCUCCCUUCCCCAGCCCCCACCCGUGGAUGUGAUGGCGGCUCCGGCUCUGCCCUGCUGCCUGUCCCUCCUCAUCCUCCUCUUGCCCCUGGCCAUCCCUCAGGCAUCUACAUCAGUGAACGGACUGAGCAUCUCCUCACCUGAUGGGGACAGGAGUGGCGGGCAAACCCUUGAAGGCCAUGGGUGCCCUACAGCCAGCCCCACAAGCCACAUUUUCACGGCAUUUGCUUCCAACAUCACAUGCUUCUACAACUCAAGAGCCAACGUCUCCUGCAUCUGGAGCCAUGAUGAGGGCCUGCAGGCCACCACCUGCUGCUUGCACAGCCAUCAGCCUAAGAGAGAGGAGCUUUUUCCUACAAAACAGUGGAAACACACCUGUGAGCUGCAACCAGUGAAGCCGGGAUCCUGGGCAUGCAAUCUGGUUCUAGGACAAUCUCCAGAAAAACUGACCGUAGUGGAUGUUAUGAAACUGACGGUGAUGUGCUCUGAAGGCGGGAAGUGGAGGAAGAUGAAGACCCAGGAUAUCAAGCCCUUUGAUUACAUUCGUCUUGUUCCACCCCAUUCACUCCAAGUCGCCCACGUAGAGACGCAUAGGUGCAACAUAACCUGGACCAUCUCCCAGGUAUCCCACUACAUCCAAAAUGACGUGGAGUUUGAGGCCCGGUUAAGGUACGCCGACCACAGCUGGGAGGACACCCCACUGCUGACCCUCAGGCAGAACCAGCAAUGGAUCUACCUGGAGAAUCUCGCUCCAGGCAUGGAAUAUGAGCUUCAGGUGCGGGCCAAGCCCCAGCUAGGCAGGCAUGAGGUUUGGAGCCACUGGAGCCAGCCCCUGGCCUUCAGGAUGGUCCCUGCAGGUACUGAUGGGGAGCUGAGGUUAGCUCAUGAGCUCCCUGGGGCCCGCGAGAUCAAGGUCACUGGUUUAAGCCCCAUGUGGGGGAGGAGGGAGGCUUCAGGGUGGGUGUGCAAUGCACCCUCAUGCCCGGAGUCCCCUCUGAGGGCUGAGAAGAACCUCUCCCACAACCCCGUGGCUUCCCCCUCACCCCUCUGCACCCCAUCCCAGCAGGGAAGCAAGGUGCCUGGUUCGGAUUCCUCCAAUCAGAGGAUGCCUUUCCUGGAAGAAUUCGUCUGA